AGGGACCAUAUCCUUUCAAAACAUUUAUCAGAGAAACCAUUACAUUGCUCAAAGUGUGAAUAUACAUGUAUGACGAAACAACAACUAAAUCGACACGUUCUUUAUAAACACUCAACAAAUAAACCAUACACAUGUUCAAAAUGUGAAUAUUCAUGCGUCACACAACAACGUCUAAAUGAACACAUUCUUUCUAAACACUCUAGGAGGAAUAAACCCUUCUCAUGCUCCAACUGUAUAUAUACAUGCAUGACAAAACAACAUUUAAAUCGACACAUUCUUUCUAAGCACUCUAGAAAUAAACCGUACUCAUGCACAAAAUGUAUAUAUACAUGCGUGACACAGCAAGAUCUAAAUCGACACAAUCUUUUUAAACACUCAACAAAUAAACCCUUCUCCUGCUGCAAAUGCACAUAUGUUUGCGUCACAAAACAACGUCUAAAUGAACACAUUCUUUCUAAACACUCUAGAAAUAAACCCUUCUCAUGCUCAAACUGUCUAUAUACAGGCGUUACAAAACAAAAGCUAAAUCAACACAUUCUUUCUAAGCACUCAAGAAAUAAACCGUACUCAUGCACAAAAUGUGAAUAUACAUGCGUCAGACAACAUCUAAAUCAACACGUUCUUUCUAAGCACUCUAGAAAUAAACCCUUCUCAUGCUCAAAAUGUAUAUAUACAUGCAUCACACAGCAACAUCUAAAUCGACACAAUCUUUAUAAGCACUCAUCAAAUAAACAACUUUCAUGCUCAAAAUGUAUAUAUACAUGCGUGACA